AUGAACAAACUGCUACAAAAGACGCUUCGUGACGAGAUCAAGGAGAACCGGUGCGUUCUGGGCGCAAAGCAGGUGCUGGGAACCAUGGUCGACUCGAAGCUGGUGGUGCUCUCCAGAUCGGUGCCUACCUCGUCCAUGAUCCGGCUUGAGGAGGCAGCAAAGGCGCAUGAGGUGCGGACACUCAAGUUUGCGGGCACCUCGAUGGCAUUGGGACGGCUGUGCGGACGGCAGUUUCGUGUAUCUACCGUAUCAUUUAACUCACUAGCUGAAAACAGCAUAACAUCCAUAAUCAACGAGUCUGAAGAAGAGUGA